AGACGCCAUCUUUUUGCCAAAAAUACUAACUGCGAUUAAAGUCUACUACUAAAUUUGUAUUAAAUAUUUGUAAAAGUAUGCCUGGUUGUGCUGCAGUAGGCUGCCAUAACAGGCCUGAGAAAGGAUUUAUUAUAAAAUGCUUCCCAAGAAAUGAAAAACAACGGGCGAUUUGGACUUCUAAAGUUAAACUUAACUGGGUACCUACAAACACAAGCUUUUUAUGUGAAGUACACUUUGAUGCUGAUCAAUGGGAAAAAAACAUAAGAUGGAUCAAGAAAACUCAAACAUAAUGCAAUUCCUACUGUCUUUAAACAUGUUAGAGCAAAACAUAAGCGAAAAAAUCCACUCGAGCGUUUUCCAAUACCAAAAAAAAAGAAAAUAAGUUGUAUAGAAAGAGGAGAAGUUGUGGAAAAUAUUUUAAUUGAAGUAAAUAACAAUGAACUAUCUGAAGUUUGCACAACUGAGGUUGAUAAAAGUUUACUUAUACAAGAUUUAAAUGCGAAAUUGGAGAGAUUAGAAAAAAAAGUCAUUAAUCAAAAAAAAAAAUAUUAACAUUUUAUACUGGAAGUUUUGUUUUAAAAAACAUUGUCCUAUCUAUAAUAAAGUAUACUGAAGAAAUAGGAUUAAAAGUUAAUAGUGUUACUUCUGAUAUGGGUGCCAUUAACCAGGCAAUGUGGAAAUGUUUUAAUAUUUUUUAGCUGUACUAAAAGUGGCAGUAUUUCUAGUUCAAUUUAACACCCAUGUGACCCUACUCGUACAAUUGAUUUUUUAGCAGACGUACCACAUUUAUUAAAGAAUAUAAGAACAUCUCUUUUAUGUAACAAACAUUUUAUAAUAACAGCUAAGAUUCAAGAAAAAUAUAAAGUUCAAUCGCCAAUUAUAGAUUCAAAACACCUUAACAAGCUUGUAGACUUUCAAGAAGGUAUGGAUUUGAAGUUUGCUUACAAGCUUACAUCUGAACAUCUUGAUGAAAAACAUUUCAACAAAAUGAAAGUAUCAAGAGCAACAUCUGUAAUGAAUCAUGAUGUAAGUUGUGGAUUAAAAUUUAUUGCAAGUGAAAUAAAAGAUGAUUCUAUUCUCACAACUGCUCGGUUUAUAGGAAUUGUUGAUAAAUGGUUUCCAUUAAUGACUUCACGAAACCCAGGUAUGGCUCUUAGCAUGAAAAAUGACAAAGUUUACAAUGAAACAAUAACUUUUUUAAAUGAAGUCAUAGAGAUAUUCAAUGGUUUAAAAAUAUUAGGCCAAACUGAAAAAAUAAGUUGGAAACCUAUUCAAUCUGGUGUUAUAUUAUCAACAACAUCAGUUAUUAACUUGCAAAAUAAGUUUCUUCUAGAAAAAAAGUUUGAUUUUCUAAUGACAUCACGAUUUACGCAGGAUUGCCUGGAGAAUCUUUUUUCCCUGGUACGUGCAAAACAAGUAAUUCCUACUGCUCUUCAAUUUAAAAAUAACUUGAAACUUAUUUGCGUUGCCCAAUUCUUGAAAAAAUCAUCAAAAGGCAAUUAUGAUAUAGAUGACCGUCAAUUCUUAUCUGGUUUUCUUGAUAUAGUUAAUAGUAAUGUGCAUAAACCACAGCAAAGAGAGUGCAUUUUUUUACCUAAAGAUUGGGAUAAAACCUCUAACUUAAUCUUAAGUAAUGCUGAGCAAAGUUGUUUGUUUCAUAUUGCAGGUUAUAUAAUUUCUAGAGUUAAAAAAAUUUAAAAAGUUUGCACAAUUUGUUUUGAAUCUCUAGUUUCUAAAAAUAGAGAUAAUGCUGAUUACACAAAGUUUGUUACAGACAAAGAGCACAAAGUGGGUAGUUUAUUUUUUGCUAAUGAAACAACAUUUGCAUUCUUUUUACAAAUGGAGUUAAUAUUCAGAUCAUUUGAGCCAUACCUUAAUUCCCAAAAGAAUUGUAAUACUAUGCUUUUAGAGAAAGUUAAUUCUGAUGAACAAAUUAAAAGUCUUAUCCUAGUUGUCAUCAAAUUAAAUUGAAGCUAAAAAACAGGUUUAUAACAUUCAGACUUAAAAUAUUUAACCUUAAAAAAAAGCGUUUAUUAUGUAAAAAGAAAAAAACUAAAAAAAGUUCUUGUGAACUUGGCAGCAAGAGUAUGACAAUGCAUGCAUUUGCACUAAAGGUUUAGGUUCAACUAAUUUAUAAAAUAAACUGUAAAGCUUUUUUCAAAUUACUUAUUGAUUACAACUA